AUGGAAGAAACUGCUUGGAGAAUAAAAUCCAAAACCAAAUGGAUUCAGGAUGGUGAUAGGAAUACAACACAUUUCAUGAGGACUGCAUCAGCUAAGAGAAGGUAUAAUAGAAUCAUACAACUUUAUAUUAAUGAGUCUCUUACUUUAGAUAGAUUUCAACUUCAAGAACAUAUUGUUGAGUUCUAUAAGCUUCUUUUUACAGAAGAAAACUUUAUAAGACCUGAUCUGGUUGAUAUUGAGUUUUAUUCCAUUAGCACUGAUGAAGCUGCUAUUCUAGAGGCUUAUUUCACUGAAGAUGAAGUCAUUUUAGCAAUCAAAAAUUUAGCACAAGAUAAAGUACCUGGACCUGAUGGGUAUCCAAUUAUCUUUUUCAUGAAGUGUUGGUGCUUCCUUAAAAAAGACUUAAUGGAUACAAAUACAAUUCAAGAAUUUUGGUCAUCAGGUACCAUUGACACUAGACAUAAUUCUACUUUCAUUUGUCUUGUUCAUAAAAAGGAUUACAUAGAGACCAUAAAGGAUUGCAGGACCAUUUGCUUACUCACAGGUGUUUACAAGAUAAUAUCUAAAGUCCUUUCUUCUAGAUUAUCUCUAGUGAUGGAUAAACUUAUAUCUCAGGUGCAAUGUGCAUAUGUAGAAGGUAGACAAAUCACGGAUGGUAUUUUGAUUGCUAAUGAGUUGGUAGAUUCAAGAAUUUCUUCUGAUAAGCCAGUGCUUAUCAACGGGUCUUCUUUUGGAUACUUGAGAAGCUCAAGGGGAGUGAGACAAGGAGAUCCUGUUUCUCCUCUUCUUUUCAACAUUGCAAUGGAGGGAUUCUCUAGAACUCCUGUUUCAGUUAUCCAUCAACUAGAAAAGAAAAUGAGAGAUUUUCUUUGGGAGCAUAAGCCUGGUUCUAGAUGCUCUCACCUCAUAAACUAUGAGUUGGUUUGUGCUUCUAAAUCUAAAGGUGGUCUUGGGGUUUUGAAUCUUAAGGUUAUGAAUACUGCUCUUUUAUCAAAGUGGUGUUGGAGAUUUGGUGUGGAAAAGAAUCUCCUGUGGUAUCAAAUUAUUGCUGAGAAAUUUGGUACAGAUACUUCUUUUUGGAUCCCUGAUAAAGUGAAAUCUCCUUAUAGUAUCUCUUGUUGGAGAACCAUUGCAGAAGAAAGAGUUUUAAUAGAUAAGAAUUCCAGUAUAUCUAUCCAUAAUGGUCUAAGAACAUCCUUCUGGUAUGAUAACUGGGUUGGUGAUAAUCCUUUGAUGAUUAAUUUUCCUGAGUUAUUCAAGUUAUCUAAAGAAAAACUCUCUUCUGUAGCUGCUCAUAUUUCUGACACUCACUGUUGGAUUUUUGAUUUUAAAAGAGCUCUAAGAGACAGUGAAAUUCAACAGUUCGCCAAUCUUCUUCUACAAAUUGGAUCCAUUCCACCAAUUUUAGAUGCCCUGGUAGACACAAGAAGAUGGAAUCUUGGUGACAAUGGAGUUUUUUCUGUUAAAACUCUUUAUUCUCAUCUAAUUGCAGAUGACGGGAUAGAUGAUUUCCCCCAUAACUUCAUAUGGAACUCAUGGAUACCUCCUAAAGUGGCGUUCUUAUUGUGGUGCUCCUAUCAUGGUAAACUGAAUACCAUAGAUAUGUUGCUGAAAAAAGGAAUCACUCUUGAUGAUUCCUGUAUUUUAUGUGGUAAUGCUAACGAAACUGCUGAUCAUCUUUUGUUGCACUGUAGAGUGGCUUAUAGGGAGCUCUUUCUUUCUAGUGGUAAUUGGAACAUCAUACCGGCUGCAGUUAUAUGGGUUUUAUGGACCGAAAGAAACAACAGAACUUUCAAGGAAAACUAUGUUUAUAAGACUGAUGUAGAUUUAGGAAUUGAUGCUAAGUCUUUAGUGCUAGCUUGGUCUGCAGCAGCUGGACAUAGAGCUCACUUGAAUUCCUCAAGUUCAGUUUUCAAUUGGGACAAUAUUUUGAUGUAA